AAUCACAGAGGCGUCGGAAAGACGCUAGGCGUACGCUUGACGCACUUGAGAACGACGCAACCCACCUGCCAGUUUAUAUAUAACUCUGCUUUUACCUCCAAAAAAACAUUAUACCCAACUUUUAGGCUUUCGUAUUCCGGCGAGUUUUCUCUCUCUCUCUAUCCGUUGAUUCCUCGUCGCACUUCAGUCUAGAAGAAACAGUCUCUUUGGUUAAGACAGUUGUGAACAUACAAAAGAAUAUGUUUGGCGCAUCUAAUCCUUUUGGACAGGGAUCUAACAGCAGCAGUCCUUUUGGGACCCAAACUCAAUCUGUGUUUGGUCAGAACAACAACGCGUCUAGUAAUAAUCCCUUUGCGCCAAAACCCUUUGGUGGUGCUUCUAGUCCUUUUGGCGCGCAGACUGGUGGUUCUAUGUUUGGAGGUACUUCAACCGGUGUGUUUGGUCAGGCUCAAGCUUCCUCCCCUUUCGGUGCUUCAUCACAAGGGUUUGGGAGCUUUACUCCGAGCUUUGGAGCACCUUCUGCUCCUGCCUUUGGCAAUUCUCCUUCACCUUUUGGUGGCACUCCAACCUUUGGACAGAAUGGCUUCUCAACGCCUCAGUCAAGUCCUUUCGGAAGCACCACACAACAGUCACAGCCUGCUUUUGGAAACAGCACUUUCGGGUCAUCUACACCCUUUGGUGCCUCCACCACCCCUGCCUUUGGCUCUACGAAUACAUCUGCCUUCGGCGCCUCAAGCACACCUGCCUUCGGCUCCUCCAAUACAUCUGCCUUCGGUGCCUCAAGCACACCUGCAUUUGGCGUGUCACCCACUCCUGCCUUUGGUAACUCUGGCAGUGCAUUUGGCAACAAUGCUUUUGGUUCUGGAGGUGCUUUUGGUACACCUGGGUUUGGCGCUUCAACCACUCCUGCCUUUGGUGCUUCAACCACUCCUGCCUUUGGCGCUUCAACCGCUCCUGCGUUUGGCGCUUCAACCACUCCUGCCUUUGGUUUUGGCUCCUCCCCAGCUACGCAUUCUCCCUUUGGAGCUCAAGGUUCUCAGUCUUCGAACUCAACAACCUUUGGAAAUCAACAACAAGGUGGUAGUAGAAUCAUUCCAUAUACAUCUACAAUAGAUGCAGAGUCUGGAACUGGAGGCCCUGGGAAGCUACAGUCUAUUUCUGCUAUGACUGUCCACAAAGACAAAUGCCAUGAGGAGCUGAGGUGGGAGGAUUCUCGGAGAGGAGAUAAAGGUGGAAAACUUCCUGCGGGUCAAACUAGUGUGUUCUCUUCUCAGCCCACGAACCCUUUCGGCCAGACAUCUACCAAUCCUACAAAUCCAACACACGCUUUUCAAAGCACAAUAGCCGCAAACCCAAACCCUUUCGGCCAGACAUCUGCAAACCCAACACAAGCCUUUCAAAGCACAAUAGCCCCAAACCCAAACCCUUUCGGCCAGACAGCACCAACCCCAAGUCCUUUCGGCCAGACAUCUGCAAACCCAACAACCGCCUUUCAAAGCACAAUAACCCCAAACCCAAACCCUUUCGGCCAGACAGCACCAACCCCAAGCCCUUUCGGCCAGACAUCUGCAAACCCAACAAACCCCUUUCAAAGCACACCAAACCCUUUCAGCCAGAACACUCCAGCAACUAACACAAAUUUCUCGUCUCCCUUUGGCCAACCUACUACCCCAUCCUUGUUUGGAACUUCAUCAAAUACCACACCCGGUUUUGGACCAUCCUCUGGUUUUGCAGCAACCACAACGCAGCCAUUUGGUCCAUCAAGCACUCCUUCAUUGGCCUCUUCGUCAGUCUUCAGUUCAUCUGGCUCCUCUCCGUCACUGUUUAGUUCGGCUCCUGCACAAGGGUCAACUCCAGCAUUUAGCAGUGGAUACUUUAACAACAGUCAGUCAGCUCCGCUGUUUAGCUCAAGCCCCUCAUUUGCGCAGACUGGGUUUGGACAAAACACAAAUACCCAACCUAGCAUUUUCAGUACACCUUCCACUGGAUUCCUAAACAUGUCUACAAGCUUUCCUUCCUUAAAUACAAGCAUCGCUCCCUUAAGUCAAACAAAGCCUUCUGGUCCGACACUCCAGCAAUCAACUCAGCCAACUCAACCAUCUUUUAGUUUCAACAACUCUGGUCAGACCCAAACAGCCGCUGCAGGUGGAUUGUCAUUUUGUCCAGUCAACUUUGGGCAAGUGCCUGCUUCGCAACCAAACCCUGCAAGUAACCUCACUGCUACGCAGCCAAACCCUGUUGCAAGCCCAUUUGGAAUGCUUCCUGCUGUCCCUCAGAUUUCAAUUGGUCAAGGUGGAAAUUCACCUUCGAUUCAGUAUGGAAUCUCCAGCUUGCCUGUCGUUGAUAGACCUGCACCAGCCAGAGUGUCACCACUCCUGACUUCUCGACAUCUUUUGCAAAGACGGGUCAUGCUGCCUGCAAGAAAGUACCGUGCUGGGGAUGAUAGUCCAAAGGUUCCAUUCUUCAGUGAUGAAGAGAACUCCAAUACACCUAGGGCUGAUGCGUUUCUCACUCCAAGGGAAAACCCGAGAGCUUUGUUAAUACGCUCACUUAAAAAGGAAACAGCAGCACUGCUGAAGGAUGAGACGACCCCUCUGCAGGAGAAUGGUAAGAGAUCGAAUGGGGUUAUUACUAAUGGAGCCAACAACGAGAAUAAGAAUAAUGGUGAAGUUCGUGAUGCUCCUCCGGUAAAAGCCAGUGAGAAACUUAACGUGGCACAUGAAAAUCACGGAGGCGACAAGAACGGCUCAAAGAGUUCACCAAGUAGAGCAGAGAUCGAGUCAUUGCUGCCAAAGCUGCAUCACGCUGAGUAUUUCACAGAGCCUCGGGUCCAAGAACUAGCUGCAAAGGAAAGGGCUAAUCCUGGUUAUACCGGACUAGUGAGGGACUUUGUUGUCGGUAGACACGGUUACGGAAGCAUUAAGUUUCUAGGAGAGACGGAUGUGCGUAAGCUCGACUUGGAAAAGUUGGUUCAGUUCAGCAACAGGGAAGUGCUUGUGUACAUGGACGAGAGCCAAAAACCUCCUGUUGGUCAGGGACUGAACAAGCCAGCGGAAGUAACGUUGCUCAACAUAAAAUGCAUGGACAAGAAGAGCGGGAAGCAAGUGAAGGAAGGCCCGAGGGUGGAGAAGUAUAAGGAAAUGCUCAAGAGGAAAGCUGAAGAACAAGGAGCUGAGUUCGUGUCUUAUGAUUCUGUGAAUGGGGAGUGGAAGUUUAAGGUCGAACAUUUUUAGUUCUUACAUGGUUGGAGAUGAAGAUGAUGAGUAGAAAAGAUCUAACGUCGUUGUCGUUUUUGGGGUCUGUCUAUUAGUCUUUCUUACCGCAAUCUCUCUUUUAUCAGAGUUUUUAUUAGGAAAAUAUUUUAAGUUGGUUUUUGGAUUGGUAAUGGUGGCUGUGGUCUAGUGAUUUUUUUUUUUU